AUUUCCGCAAGCGGUUGUUCAAGGAAGUGCGAUGCCGUCGGCUCAACGCACUGACCAGCGCGCGCCUACAAGCAUAAUGCAGAUGGGGAGAAAGAGCUAGACACUACACUGCAACGUGGACAGAGGAGGGGCGCUGUGUUCCUCCCCGCUGCUGCCCGCUGUCUGCCUGCACGCUUUAAAACAAUACGAGCCGCCAGGAGGAAGGACACCAUCACCGCUGACGGACCAGCACUCACAGAGCACACGCGGUGUCCUGGAAGAGUAUGGCAAGAACGGAUGUCAGCUCACCUUCCGCCGUGUGGUGGGCGUCGAAGCCGCCAUGCGACGCCAGGUGUACAAGCCUGACGCGCUUCAGGUCUGGCACCCCCGCUUGCCGCAGUCGCGCCGCGCUCGAGCAGGGCGGAGGUCCCCUGGCAGUCGGCCCCGCCGCGCCGCGGCCACGGCCCGCACGGCCGACGGUGCCGCCAGAGGCCGGACGCGCGCAGGCAGGAGGGAGGGAGAGAGAGAGAGAGGAGGAGGAGGAGGAAAGGGAGGAGGAGGGCGGCUCAGCCGGCCACGGGCGGCGUCGGGAGCCCCACCUCGAGGGACCUGGCGGCGGCCUCGAGGCGGCCGCGCGCCGUGCUCCACCUUCUCGUGCGGGGCAGCUAGGACUGGCCCGUCCAUUCCCUGUGUUCUCGUUCGGUCUCGUGCGUGGUUUUUGUUCGCCAAAUGAUCACGGAUGCUCCUCGAGGGUCUUCGCCGAGGGAGAAAUGCACACGUCCGAGCGAUGCCUAGAGAAGGCAGAGGCCUCUCCCAGGUGGGGUGGGAGCCGUGCCGAGGCCGCGCUCACGGCGUGCUUGGCCGACGGUGCGGUCGGGAAUCUGUUUUGUUGGUGGUGACGCCGAGGCCACGCAGAAGAGCAUGCAGGGAAUCACGAAGCACCGCUUCCUGCACUGAAAAUGCGCGCAGGCAUCG